CAAGCCCCAGUAGAGCAAGCCUUCCCCCUGCUGGAGGAGUCGCGUGACGCCUGCAGAUUAUCUAAGAGCUCGCGCACAGGGACAUAUACAGUCCGCCAUGAGUGCUGCUAUGAAUUUUAAAAAAUGCGGCUCUGUGCUGAUUACUGGAGCCAGCCGGGGCCUCGGGCUGCAGUUAGUGGACAGUCUGGCAAGUGGACAGUUUUCACCUGGAAAGAUAAUAGCCACGUGCAGAAACCCUGGUAACGCACAGGAACUUCAAGAACUGGCGGAGAAGCAUCCCAACAUCCACAUAAUCACUUUGGACGUAGUGAACCAGGAGAGCAUAGAGAAGUCUGUAGAAGAGGUGAGCAAGCUGGUGCAAGAAGAAGGUCUGAACUGCCUGAUCAACAAUGCGGGCAUCAAAGUGGUGGCCGACUUUCAUUCUGUUACCACCGAGAUGAUGAUAGAAAACUUCCACACCAACACUGUGGCUCCUCUAAUGAUCACUAAGGCUCCACUGAGUCCCGAGGAUAGUAUUUCUUUCAUGUUGUCUGUGAUUGGAGGGCUAACUGAAAAGGACCAUGGCUCAUUUCUGAACUUUACAGGAGAGCAGAUACCUUGGUGA